AUGAAAAAGUUGCCAGCAAAAAGUGGCCAUCUUCUUCAGAGGAAAAGUGGAUACUGCAACCCGCCCCCAGCUGGGCUAAGCCAAUGGAUCCAUGCUUUGAGAAAGCUGAAGAGACUGAACCCGCUUCUGGCCUGCAUGGAUGAAGAAUCUCUUGGAACUAGAUACAAGGACUGUGUGGUCCUUGUGGAAGAUCUGCUCUCACAUGGCCUAGCAGCUGUCACCAGUAACAUUCUGUCUUAUCCUGUUAGGUGUAAGAAUUUGUCUGUAUCUUUCUGGAAUUCCUAUUGGAUGCUGCCCUCUGAUGUUUGUGGAAUGAACUGCUUUUGGGAAGCUGCUUUUAGAUACAAUUUUAUGAAAAAUCAACCAGCAGAGAAAAUGCACCUUGCAGUGGUUGCCUGUGGUGAAAGGCUGGAGGAGACUGUUACUAUGUUGAGAUCUGCCAUUAUUUUCAGUGUCAAACCUCUACAGUUCCAUAUUUUUGCAGAGGAACAACUACACAGCAGAUUCAGAGUCACACUUGAUGGCUUCCCAUAUCAAGGAAAACAUAAUUAUACCUUGUAUCCAAUAACAUUUCCUACUGAGAGUGCAACAGAAUGGAAGAAACUGUUUAAGCCCUGUGCUUCGCAACGGCUAUUCUUGCCAUUGAUCCUCAGAGAUGUGGACUCACUACUGUAUGUUGAUACUGAUAUCCUGUUUUUGAGACCUGUUGAUGAUAUUUGGUCAUUUCUGAAAAAAUUUAAUUCCACACAAAUUGCUGCAAUGGCGCCAGAACAUGAGGAGCCUCGUAUUGGGUGGUAUAAUCGAUUUGCUAGACAUCCCUACUAUGGAAAAACUGGAAUAAAUUCUGGAGUAAUGUUAAUGAACAUGACACGUAUCAGAAGAAAGUAUUUCAAGAACGAUAUGACAACAGCACGGUUACAGUGGGAAGAAAUUCUUAUGCCAUUGCUCAAGAAGUACAAGCUCAACAUAACUUGGGGUGAUCAGGAUCUAUUGAAUAUUAUAUUUUUUCAUAAUCCAGAAAGCCUUUUUGUCUUCCCUUGCCAAUGGAAUUAUCGACCUGACCACUGCAUUUAUGGAAGCAAUUGUAAGGAAGCUGAAGAAGAAGGAAUAUUUAUCUUACAUGGAAACAGAGGGGUUUACCAUGAUGAUAAACAACCAACUUUUAGAGCUAUAUAUGAAGCAAUAAAAAAUUAUUCGUUUGGAAAGGACCUGGUUCAUUCCCUGUUACAGCCUCUAGAACUGGAACUGCAGAGGACAAUGCAUACCUAUUGUGGAAGAAUAUACAAAGUAUUCAUAAAACAGUUAACCAAAAGCAUAGGAGAUGUUGGUAUCAGAAGAUCAAAGGGAAGUUGAUUUUCACUAUGAACUCACAAAACUGAAUUAGAACAAUAACGGUGGAUUGCACGUAUAACGUAGGGAGGUUACUCAGUGCAAGAGCCAUAUAUAUAAUAUGGCUUGAGUCAACUGUUCCUAAUGUGUGCAGGUAAAUGUUUACCAGCGUUUAUGAAAUGAAGAACUUGUUUGCUGGAUAAAGAAUAGGAAUGCCAUCCUGCAUUGAAGACAUUUCUGAUUCUUUUGAAGCUCAAUCUCAGCUAAUUCUUAUUCCGGUUCUGAUGAAUAUAUGAGUGUUACUGACUGUUAUAGUCAGUAGUUUGAGUUUGCAUAAUUCCAUUGUCUGUAAUGCUCAAGUGAGAGACAGAAAUGAAGUUUCUUUUUUUUUUUGGUGGGGGGGAAGUGUACCUCCAUAUAUAAUCUGAUAUUCUCUUAAACUGUGAAUGUAGCAAUAAUUGAGUCUGCACUAACCUCACUUUAAAAGUGCGAGAACCAAGUUGUUUACAGGGCAGAAAUUAUUCUGUUUUCAAAGAAAUGUGAUAUAACUAUUGACAAUCUGUAUGUGCCUUUGUGUUCAUCUCACACGUUAAAAUACUGUUUUGACAAUCAUGUUUUGUGUAUUUUAGAUGCAAACUGCACAUUAAGUUUUCAGAGUAAGGAGUAACUAGUGUAGGUAGAACUAGUUUCCCCAACUUUAGAUUGAUACUUUCUUUUAUACAGCAUUUAUUAAGUGGCUGUUGAGCCAUCUUGCCCAAAUAUUCCAGCUAAGUUGUUUUGGUUUUUUUGUUUUGGUUUUACAGACAUGCAAUAUGAGAUUUUUUUUUUUUUUUCCUUUUUUGUUUUAAACACUUUUAUUAAUGCUAGUGAGAUGUUUUUGCAACUUUACUGGGCAUUCUGGAAGCAGAAACUAUAAUGGAAAGUUGCUUCUAUCCUAUUUCACUCCCAAGUGUUACUACAUUUUAAAAUAUUACAGAUAUUUUAAGUUGAUGGUGAAUGUCUAUAGUGGGUUUUUUAAUGGUUCACCAAAAUGCAUAUAUUGCAGGCUUCCUAUGGGAAAUUAGGUAGUAAUCAUAAAAAUAUGUCUUGUUACUUUCUUUUAUAUCUUUGUUUUGUUUCUUUUUGGAUUGGUGCGGUCCUCUGUCUCGCGCUACAUCCUCAAACAACUUUGCAUAUUGGUCAAGUAACAAAGCUUUAAAAAGUUGGCUUUGAUCAUUGACUUCAGUAGAGCUAUACUAAUUUAUGCCAGUGGAGGGUUAGCGCUCUUUUUUAGUUUUCUCCACAAAAAACAGGUUUCAUUACUUGCCAGAUGUAAUUUAUUUCCAUUUCAUGGAGGAGAAACAAAGCAAGAAAAAUAUUAUUGAUUCUUAAUAUUAGCAAAAUCUUACUUUAAUCUUUGUCAUGAAAUGCUGUUAAGUAAUACUUGAGUUGAAUUUAAAUAAUUAUUUCACCUCAUGCUUUUUAUAAGAUGGCUUUUUCGUGGAGAGCUAGGGAGUUCCUUUGCUGCCUUCAGCCUAGAGAAUUCUUUUCCUGUCCCCCGCCUUAGUUCCAUGCUUUGACACUUUACAUUGUGGUCAUUCUUCUGUCUGAGAGUGACUGGCUCUAAUGUCUUACAGAUCCAGCUUGCUUGAAGGAGUCCCUUGAGCACUAUAAAAACACAUCCAGUAUUGAGACUAGUGUCUCUUUUCUGUUUCCAGUCCCUGCUGGCCAGGGUACAAUAGGUUGGGAUGGGAAGUAGAAGCCAGAAUGUUUCAUGUGGAGCGAAAAACAUUUUUUCCCUUUAAAAAAUCUUUCUUGAUUUGAAGCCUAUAUGAAAGCACUGUAAAGUUGCCUGAUCUGCAGUAUGUAAUGCAAUUUUUUUUAUAUAAACUGUUUUGUAUCA